AUGGGCAUGGCGCUGACGACCGUCCUAGUACCGGACCAGCUUCCCUUUCCCGAGAAAGAAUUCGAUUUCGAGGAGCGACCCUCGCAGGAUUUCUUCUGCCCCGUCUCCUUGGAGCUGCUCCUGGAACCCCAGCAGACGUCAUGCUGUGGCAACCAUCUCUCGCUGGAGGUGGCCACCAGACUGCGGAGAGAGGCCGGAAAGGCUUGUCCCGUGUGUAACGGUGAGCAGUGGAGCGCCAUGCCAGACAAGUACCACCGUCGAAAAGUUCACGAGAUUCGCGUGCGUUGCUGGAACAAGGACAGUGGGUGUGGGUGGGUGGGGGAAGUGAACGAGUUGAAACGACACGCAGUAUCGUGCGACAAGCGGCCGUGGGAGUGCGAGUAUUGUGGGCUCAAGUGUACCGUUGGGGAGGGAGAAGGAAAGCAUUGGCCUCACUGCCACAAGUUCCCCGAGCCUUGUCCAAAUGGUUGUGAGGUGGGCAGUGUGGAGCGGUGUGGGAUGGAACAACAUCUCAGUGUGUGUCCACUGGAGCACGUGGCCUGCGAGAUGAAGGAGUUUGGGUGUAGUGUCGUGGUCCCGCGCAGGGAGCUGGCGACACACAUGAGAGAGAGUGAGCUCCAACACCUGACGGCCAUGACUGCUCUCAACCUCCGUCUCACCAGACAACUCCAGCAGGAGUCUGCCGAAAGAGACAGGAAAAUGGAACGACUACAGCUAGAAGUGAAAGAACUGAACACUAAUGAGGUGAAAUCAAGCUUUCAGGUGAAGGAACUUACUCAAGAAGUAGCAAAGAUGAGCUGCUGCCUUAACAAAGUGCAGCAAGUGAGCUUACAUGUUGAGCAACACACAGCAGCAAUGUGUUCAGGGAAAAUAAUUUUUACAGUUGACGAUUACAGAAAGAGCAAAAGUCGUGCCAACGAUGAGCUGUCCUGUGUAUACUGGUGCAGUGAUAAAUGUUAUACCCGCCACAAUGACUACGCUUUUCGGCUGGUAAUUAUAUUUUAUGAGCAAACGUACAGUGAUAUUGGAGCAUUCCUCCAGUUUUUGGAGGUAGACGAACUUCAGACAGUAACAUUUGAAGUGACCCUGGAGCUUCUCAACCAGGCUGGAGACCAUCAUCAUUUGACAAGACAGAUGACAUUGUAUUUAAAUGUAAAAAAAGAGAUUGAUCAUGAGCAUGAAAUAGACGAGAACCUAAUAGGCUACACUGACCUGGAGAAGACGGGAGAGGUGCAGUACAUGAUGAAUGACUGUCUCAAGUUCCGGAUAAAUGUUACUAAAAGUAACUUUUUGACAGAAGUAUUCUGA